GAUUCUGUAUUAUUAGCAUAAUGUAAGAAAAGAAACCAAGAUGAAAUCUGGAACUUUCUUAUUAGAUGCAUCCAAAUAGUAUGGUUCCUGGAUCCUGGAUACAACAGAUUUUCUCCCUUGCUGGAAAAGUAGCAAGUAGGAUUUUCCCUUUUGUUUCUAAAUUGGUAAUGGUAAUUAUAUUAUAUCUUGUCCUCUGUGGCUUAUAUCAGUUCAAAAGGGACUCGAGAAUAUGGAGUGUUACUUAACCUGUCAUCUCAUUGAUUAGUAGGCACUCCCUUUAUGGUCAAAUUAAAACUUAUGAACAGAAAUAUAAAUGAGUGAACCUUUUGUUAUGUUCUAGAUAUGCAUGUCUUCAUAACAGAAGCUGAAUGCUCUGUCCUAUGUCUUUUGGGACUCUAGGAAGCAUUUUUUACUUCCCAGGUGAAGCUGAUGUUACUACCUUUGGAGACCAUACUGAAUUACUGACACCACCUUGUUGGUUGUUUUGGAAAAUGUGUUCAGAAUUAAGGAGACAAAUCUUGAAUUUCUGUCAGAACAUUUAUGCCAAAUCCAUAUUUGUUCUCAUCUGAAUGAUUUAUGCAAUACAGAAAAGAAAAGGGACGUCGUCAGGUGACAGAACACCACCACCAAUUGAGUCUUCUACAGGAGUAGAGGUGUCUAUGUCAUGUGAAUAUUCUUUUGAUGAUAAUACUAUAAUUAUCAUUAUAUUUUUAUUUGCUUGCUUCUAUCACACUUCUGUAAGGACUCAUGAGUCUUCAUGUUAAAACUGUAAAGUUAAGUUAGUAAUGUACUUAUAAACUUUUUGGCUAUAGUGUUAGUGUAGAAAUGUUUAGCCAGUAGUCUAAUUUGUCCACCUGCUUUUUAUUGAGCUUCUUAAUUGUUUAACAAUGAUUUGCUCUGUCAACCAAGGAGUGUAAAUAGAAGAAACAUAACCGUUGACUAUUUUUAGAAUGACACAUAGCUGAUAGCUAAUUUUAGCUCUUGAAAUCCCUCCUGAUUAACCAUUCUUUCACAUAUUGUAAAAAAAAAGCCCGUUCUUUCACAUUCAUCUAUUCUUAGUGACUUAUAAUGGCCAAAAUCCCGCCUUUCCAUUCCUUUCGCAUUCCUCUAUUAUUAGAAACAUCUAAUGGUUUGUUACUGUAAAAGAAACUUCUAAUGAUUUGCUUCAUUUCUUUUGAGUUUUUUUCUCUGUUGGGUUAGGAAAGAAAUAUAAAAAGGAGAAAUUCUAAAGAAAACUCGGCUCUUGCUUAUCUCUAUCUUCUGUUCUGGAUCCAAAUUCAUUUUGCCUUGCUGUUUCUCGGAUCUCCUCUCUGUUCAAGGAUUGUAAUGGGGAGUAGGCGACAUAAUGUUUUCUUGAAGGGGAAUAACAUACUGAUACCAGGUUGUUGGUUCUUGUUAUUGGCAUGUGCCUUCACACCAAGCUAAAAUUUCCAAAGUUCAGCUGCCUCCCAAAGAUAUUGGCCAGAAACACUGCAAAUAUUGGCCUCAAUCUGAUUCACUCAUUCAAAAAGGCAUCGCAUGUGCUUAUGGGCUGCCUUUGCUCAAAAGGCGCCAAAGAUCAUGUUGAUGCCACUUCUGAAAAGAGAACACCAUCAAGAAAAGAUGGCCCUGCAGCUGCAGCAAGUGUCAAGACUGCAUCAGAUGGCAGCAAAGUCAUGCCAGAUGUCGGAGACAACGUCGUUGUAUCUUUUGAUGUUCGGAUCAGCAGUAGUAACAAUGCAGAGUUGAAUGCUGGGUGGCCGGCUUGGCUCGUUAAUGUGGCGCCUAAAGCAGUGGAAGGCUGGUUGCCUCGGCAAGCCGAUUCAUUUGAGAAAUUAGACAAGGUCGGACAAGGAACUUACAGUAUUGUGUAUAAAGCUCGAGAUCUCGAAACAGGGAAGAUUGUUGCACUAAAAAAGGUGCGGUUCACUAACAUGGAUCCUGAAAGUGUGCGCUUUAUGGCUAGAGAAAUUCAUAUUCUUCGGAGACUGGAUCAUCCAAAUAUCAUAAAGCUUGAAGGGAUUGUAACAUCUCGUGCGUCGCAAAGCCUAUAUCUUGUUUUCGAAUACAUGGAACAUGACCUUUCUGGUCUUAUUGCAUCCCCAAGCCUCAAACUCACCGAGCCGCAGAUAAAGUGCUUCGUUCAGCAGCUGCUUCAUGGUCUUGAUCAUUGCCACAAAAAUGGAGUUCUGCAUCGAGACAUCAAAGGCUCGAACCUCUUGAUUGAUAGCAAUGGAACACUAAAGAUUGCAGACUUUGGCCUGGCUAUAACUUAUGAUCCCAACAAUCCGCAACCUCUAACUAGCCGUGUUGUGACAUUGUGGUACAGACCACCAGAGCUCUUGCUUGGUGCCACAGAGUACGGUGUUGCCGUAGAUAUGUGGAGUACAGGGUGUAUUGUUGCAGAACUGUUUACUGGGAAACCAAUCAUGCCAGGAAGAACCGAGGUGGAGCAAAUUCACAAGAUCUUUAAACUAUGUGGGUCACCCAUGGAAGACUAUUGCAAUAAAUCAAAGGUGCCAGAAACAGCCAUGUUCAAGCCUCAGCAACAAUAUAGGCGGUGUGUUGCUGAGACUUUCAAAGUUUUUUCUCCUUCAGCUGUAGUUCUCAUAGACUCCUUGCUUUCGUUAGAACCGCAAGUUCGUGGAACAGCUUCCUCAGCUCUUCAGAGUGAGUUUUUUAGAACAGAGCCACUUGCUUGCGACCCUUCAAGCCUACCGAAUAUUCCACCAAGCAAAGAGUAUGAUGUUAGACUCAGGCAAGAGGAAGCUAAGAGGCAAAAAAAUGCAGCUCUUGGUGGACGAGGAGCUGAAUCUUUCAAACCAGGAAACGAGAAUCAUGUAACCAGUCAUGCUAUUAAUGGUGCGGCAGAAUCGAAGGAACACACAAAUACCAGUUCAAGGUGCAACAGUGUGAAGUUCAACCCAGAGGACAGUGUGCCAGGGUUCAGGGUGGAGCCACGGCCAUCGCCAACCACAGUGCAGGCUCCUGGAUAUGGCUCUGCAUGGAACACGGCGGGUUUCACCGACCAUUCAGCGGUGCCUAGUCGUGUCUGCAGUUCCGUUCAUGUCGCAAACACCGCUGCCUCAAGGGCCAAGGCAUCGUCGCAUUCACAUAUACCGCAGUUUGGCACGACAGAUCUGAGGAAUGCAGCUGAUCAGGUUGCUGAUCAGAAUGAGCCACCUGAUAGGCCUGCAUCGUCUCACAAGAAGAACCCUCCAGAGGUGAAGGACAACAUGAACCACGGAAGGAAGUUCAGAAGGAUCCAUCACUCGGGGCCAUUGGUGCCCCCAGGAGGCAACAUGGAGGACAUGCUCAAGGAGCACGAGAGGCACAUCCAGGAGGCGGUGCGCAAGGCGCGCUUCGGCAAGGUUGCUAGGGAGCUCUGAGAACGCGGACUGGAGGUCAGAGUUGACAGGACCAAUUCGUUCUGCCGUUUCAAGUUGCUGCAAAUUAAGUCCCCCUCUGUAUAGUGUUGUAGCAUGUGAUAGUGUACAUUUGGAUUCUCAGAUAGAUAGGAUAGUGGGUUGUUUAAAGUAAGCUGAAGAGCAUGGCUGAAUUUAUAGGUCUCGUUGCCCUUUUUUCCUCGGUGUAUAUAUAGAACCUGAAUCUAGAGCUUUGUUAAGGUUUGGAACACUUGAAUUGUAAGUUUUUUCAUUCACCCUC